UGCGCGGCAGCGAGCGGUUUGCAUUGCCAUUGCUGUGCCGGUUGUUGAAGCCACUUACCAACUACCCAUCGCCUUAUUGCCACUGCGGCUGCGCAUGCGCCCCAUCGGAAUCGGCGGAGAAAAAUAGGCCUUCUGUUGGCUGUUUUUUGGUUUUUUUACUGUGAGUUUGGUUGGACACGUUGUCGGUGUCAUUGGGAAGCGGCUCAGUCCAGCCGGCGAUGCCUUAGUGGCAGCUCCUCCAGAUUGAAGCACACCACCACCACCACCACGCCAAGAUGCCCUAUAACCUCUGGCUGCGACGGCGCCUCCAGCUCGUGGCCUCACUCCUCUUCUGCGGCCUCCUGGGCUAUUUGACCUCGGAGGCGGUGGCCAAGCCCACGUUGUCCUUCAGUUUGCCGCAGGGCCUGCAGGGGUUCCCCUCGUUCCAGUCCUUCACCCAGCAGAUCAUCGAGCAGCGCAGCGUGCGCCAGAUGAAGACUUACAGCGGGAAGCGGGUGAGCAACGACUCCCUCAUUAUGAUAUACUAUCACGAUCUGACCAUAGCCGUAACGGAGCUGGGACCCCAGAAGCUGCUACUCGGCUGUGAGCUGAUCGAAAUCUACAACGAUAAAGAGGGCAAGAUGCUGUUGGAGGGUCUUUCUCACUAUAACCGCCCGCUGGAAAUCAAAUUCGACGAAAUGCUGAAGCUGAUGGACCAGUGCGAGCAAGUGGAUAAGCUGAGCUACGCCUCUCGGCACAAGGCCAAAUUGGAGGGCGGCGAGCGGAGCAGUGGCGGCGGAGGAAGCGACUCAUCCUCCACGGGUGGAGCCAAUGAUGGUACAGCCCUCAAGCUGGCCACCAAUAUCUUUCCGCGCAGUCCCUUCUCCCUACUGAGUGGGAUUAUUCCAGGCACAAAAUGGUGUGGCACUGGCGAUAUCGCAGAGACAUACAGCGAUCUUGGCAGCGAAAUGGCCAUGGAUAGAUGCUGUCGCCAGCAUGAUCUGUGUCCUAUUAAGAUCCGAGCCUAUCAGAACAAAUACGAACUGAUGAACGAUUCGCUGUACACAAAAUCCCACUGCAUCUGCGACGACAUGCUGUUCUCCUGCCUGAAGAUGACCAACACCUCGGCCUCGCAGCUGAUGGGCUCCAUCUACUUCAACCUGGUGCAGGUGCCCUGCCUGGACGGGCGGAGCAACCAGUACAAGUUCCGGGCGGCCAAGGAGGGAUUCUAGGCGGGGGAGCCAGAGACCACGGGGGGUACUGUACAGGAGGUGGGGAGAGAGAGGGAGUCGCCCUAUUUAUUGUUUUACAAAUGAUGACGCCCGCUUUUUAUUUUCCGAAUAUUCUGUUGGGUUUUACAGUUUACAAUUAGCGUUAACGUUAUCUAGGAUAAGUAUAAUGUAGAAUUGCAAUCUUUGUUAUACAAAUACAAAUACAAAUACGAAUAUAAAUAUA